AACGGUCAGAAAACAAGCGAAAGGGCAAAGAAUUAGAGAGAGAUGCUUGCAAACUGCACACACCAUGUUACUUCCACCAUGAUUCAACGUGCUCAUCACGUGCAAUCACGUGAACACCGGCGCGGGAAUUAUUUCGGCACUACGUAAGAAAGAAGGUAGCGACUGGGAGACAUCGACGGGUGACCAUUGAUGGUCCGAGCAUAAGUUUUAACCGACCGGCGGACGGAUAACGUUAGGCCACGAACUCCCGAAAACGUUCUUUUGAUUAGUGCCGAGUCUGGGAACCACUGAUGCCUUGCGACGGCGUGCGUGGAUAACGCCUUAGGAACCGGGACGGUGAAGAGAGGCUCAGGGUUUCUAUGGAUUUAACUUUGUUGUACUAUCACACUGAAUUAUAUUGUGUAAAUCAAUUAUUUUGACUAAAAUAAUCUGUUCUACACAUCUAAUACUGCCAUUGACCAAAUCGGACCUUUUGAGAAGCCGUUACGGAAAAAAGACAAAGAUUUAUAAGCGCUGCAUAGUCGUGUACGACAUUCUAAUCUACUUUCUCACAUAUAUAGCGCUACAAUGUGGGGUUUUUUUAGUAGUAGUCCCUAUGAUCCACUCUAUAAGUCGUUGGUUUCAGCUGCUACUUGUGUGGUUACUUGUUUCAUGAACAUGGUGGCUCAAAAAGCAUCACAGGAAUGUUCGGCAGAUGACUUGGAGUCAAUCAUAAACGUCAAGGGGAUUAUUUCUUUUACGCACACUGAUGUCCCAGAUCAAUCACAUCAUAUACAAACAAAUAAGCACCACAUACGAUAUUCUGCAAGCAUUUUUAGAAAAACUCCAUAUGGAAGGCAAUGUUAUUACGUCUUUUGGGUCGAUCUGGUAUUUGAACUCGCUGAUCCCAACACGGUAGAGCAAAAGAGCUUUUUUUUGAGUAUACAAAAUAUUAUACCUGUUUUCUGCAACAUUAGUGACCCUGUACAAGCACAGUUUUGUUGCAUGCAUGUACAGAUGUUAUUACAUAUCUUCGAAUUACAAAUAUUGCUUCCGGAUAAUUUUUCUGACAUUAUUGUACUCAGCAAUUGGGAAUCCAAAAAGCAACAAAAAUUAAUGAUUCAAGCCUUAAUCCAAUCAGCUCUGCAAGAAUUAUGCAGUGAAAUAGAAAAUGACAGGGUUAUAAGAAAUAAAUUAUACAAUGAUUUCUGUGAUAAUCUAUACAAGUUGCAAUUAAAUAUUGACACCUGUAAUAGGGUAGAAUUUGAUGUGCUAAAAGAAAGAUAUCAAUAUGAUUUUUAUCACGUGAAUGAAGUCGAAGAACAUGAUUUGCCUAGACCAGAGUUACUCCCGGUAGAACAGUACAAUUAUGAAGAAUUUUACAAAAUCUUCAUUAUUCAAACACAUUUUGACCUUAAAAAAGAUUACAACAAACUACAUAAAGCGAAUUACGUGCGCCGUUACCAUAAAGAAUUUAAGGACGAAGUUUUUAUUGAUAAAGGAGGUUUUGGCCAAGUAUAUAAAGCACGUCAUUAUCUCGACGGCAAAGAAUAUGCGAUUAAAAAAAUAAGCAAUGAGUAUUUUACCAAGUCGCAACUAAAUGAAAUAAGGGUUCUAGCUGCAUUAAAUCAUCCUAAUAUUGUUCCCUACAAUACGGCUUGGAUUGAACCGCGGACGCCCUAUACUUCAAACAAGUCAUCUAUAAAUCGUGAAUCAUCACAUACAUCAAAAUACCAUCACAACACUACUAAUACAACAUCGACUAACAUUACAGAAAAAAAAAUAAUUGAGGAACAUUAUAAUGAAGAAUCCAGCUCAGACCGAGUGUCUUUUCGAAAUAGCAAGAGCAACGAAAAUCUAGAUUAUACAAUUGCAAAUACAAGUAUCAGUAAUAGUUCUUUGUGUGAAGAAUCUAGUCAAGAAGUUAAUACUUCCAAAAAUAACUUGUAUACCUUAUACAUUCAAAUGGCCCUGUGUGAACAAACGCUUGAACAAUGGCUACGUAAUGAAAGGAGUGUAAUGCGCGAAUCAAUAGUUAAAGAGAUAUUUCAACAGAUUUUUAGUGGAGUGGAUUAUUUACAUUCUAAGAAAAUCGUACAUCACGAUAUAAAGCCCAGCAACAUAUUUAUAUCAACAUCCAGAGAGGACAAGACUCUUCGUGUUCAACUAGGUGAUUUCGGUUUAUCUUGUCCUGAAAACUCGUUACUCGUAAAAGAGCAUUCUGAGACCUUUGGUACUCUUGUGUAUACAGCACCAGAACAAUUAGAAAAAAAAUGUGAUACCAAGAGUGAUAUUUAUAGUGUAGGAGUUGUUCUUAUCGAGUCUUUAAUUCGCAUAGAAACUAAAAUGGAAUUAAUUCAUAUAAUUGAGUCUUUACAGUCUAACAAAGUACCAGAAGCUCUCGAGCAACAUAAGUGGGCACAAAUGAUCAUGCAAAUGGUGCAAAAGGAUCCUAUUAAUCGACCAUCAGCAAGUCAGCUUCUGCAGAAUUUUAACCACGAGACAAUAAAUAGAUUGAAAAAUACUAUCAUACAUUUGGAGAAUAAUAAUAAUAAAGAAAACGAAAUUCAAGACUUACUACAAGAAAAUACGUUGUUAAUGGAAAAAGUUCAAAAUACUAUCACUUGGCAAUAUGAUAAGUUAGAUUGUUAUAUGGGGUCUAAGCUCGGGCAAAUCUUGACACAACAUUAUUAUAAGUGACUGUCGAGUACUUUUAAUUAGGAUCCAGAAUAGUAAUAAUUCACGCAAAGUGAAAUUAGUUGUUAUACGUAUUUGGAAAAUAAUAUUUUAUAAUAAUCACAUUUAAACCUUAAAUACAUUAUGGGGUCUGGGAGACUCUUCUAAAAAAAACGUUACCUUCGUGCUAUCUUAUUUUAGUUGAAGUUAGUCAACCACAGUGAUCGAUAAGGGAAACUUCAAACUUUUUUUCUACCUAGCUCGAAUCAUCUUUCUCAUUCCGUUUUCACACAGUAACCGAUCAAAGUUUCUGGAGAAUUUUUACUACUGUAUCUAAGGGUUAAUGUAAAAAUGUAUAAUUGGUAAUACACAAUUAAAACAUAAAUAUAAUGUAAAACAGAUAAUAUAAAAUAGAUACACAAUCAUAUUUUAAAUCGAUCAAUCAAAUUUUAGGCACACAAUUGUGUUAUAAUUAAAAAACUGUUUGACAUAUCUAAAAUGAGGCUACUGAACAAAUAAAGAUCUUCAAUUAAAUAAUGACAAUUAUUAAAUAUCAUAGACUGUUAUUCUUGUAAAAGACAAAUCGACAUAAAUUAACACACUAGAGCUCAACCACAGUUUGCUACAGUUAAAUAAAAUUUGAUAUGUAAAGUGUAUGUACGAACUUUUAACCACAAGUUACUACCUUUAUUUUUUUAUUAUCUUUUCUGUAACGUGGGUCUGUGGAACCCUAUAACUUUAUUACAUUAUAUAUCUGUACGGAAAGCAUCGUUUGUAGGUCAUAAUAUGUGAAAUCGAACUCUCAGAGUCAGAUAAAGGUAAUAAACAAGAAGAAAUAUUUUAUUCUCAAGUAAUUAAAAUUUUUUAAAGAAGAUAUAACAUAAAAAUUCGCAGAAAGUGAGUACUUUGAACAAAAAUUCAAAUUUUUUAAUUUUAACUUAACGUAAAAAAACUGGGGUGUUUGUUGAAGUAUAAAAUACAAAUAAUAUGAUAUAAAUUACUCCAAAAUUUUAGUUAAUUAAAGUAUCAAAAAUCGAAAUUUUUUAAAAAUAAACAAAUUAUAUUUUACGUCUAAUUAACAAAUUUUAUUAUUUGAAUAAUAUAGAAUGGUUGAUGAAGAGUUGUAAUGAACAUUAUUAUUAUACGUAUAAUUAAGGAACAUUAUAGAGUCCCAGAAGUUUCACAGUGUUUGCACGCACUAGCACGCAAAAGGCAUGAAAAAAUGCACAUGUUAUAAUGCGAAUACAUUAUACUAAAAUAAAUUGUAUUCUACAAUUA